AUGGGCUGCCGACCGUCGCAGCCUGCAGGAGGCGAGAGACGCGUCCCCGCGCCCAAGAAGGGCUGGGAAGAGGGAGCCAAGGCUGAUGUCAACGAGACUUGUUCCGAGGAGCGUUGCAGUCCCCAGACUGAAGCUGCGCUGCCCAGGGAUGCUGUGGGCCAUGCAGAAGGCUCAGAGCCCCCUGCCCAGAUGGGAAGCUUACCUGGGGCCAUUCCAGAAAGUUCUCCAUUUCCCAGUGAAAAAAACAGAAAAGAAAAUUCAGAACUAGUGAUCAAUGGACUAAUUAAUAAGCACCAAGCCCUAGAGAAUCAAGAGCGACAAAAGUCAUCAGACAUCCUAGAGGAACUAAUUGUACAAGGAAUAAUACAGAGCCGCAGCGGAGUAUUUAGAAAUGGAGAAUCAUAUGAUGUCAUGGUGCACACAACUGAGAAGCCACUGAGAAAGCCACCAGCCAGACUGAAAAAGCUCCAGAUCAAAAAGACAGAGAAAGAUCUCACAAGGAAGGACGGAGACCAGAAAAUGCAGGCGGCAGAGGCGCACCGCAAGACUAAAGAAGAAGAAACAAGAAAAAGGCUACAGCACGAGCGACUUUUGUUCCCAGGCCAUGGCUCAGAGGUAGCAAAAGUGGGCGGGGCCGAGGUGCCACCUGCCAAGGGACAUCACACGGUGAGUUUUGCCAUGUUGGAACCAUCUGACCCUGUCCUGCAGAGAGGAGAGCCCGGGAGCAAGGAGCAGGAUCAACACGAGGCCACCUCCACCGACAGAAACUCCGAUUAUGGAAGUAUUGGCGCCGUGGAGUCAGACAUGUCCUACAACCGGGAGGAGGACGCUUUCUAA